AUGUUGAAUAGAAUCUUAAAUUCCUGUAUUGCGAAGAAAUCUUUCUCUGCUUCUUCUGGUUUGUUGCAAUCGCAUCUUCAUCAUUUUGAGCGUUUUUUAUAUAUCGAAUUCAUCGGUUAUGAGAUUAUGCUGUGUUCUUUUUGUUUAGAGGAAGGGGUGCGAUGUAAGAUGGUGGAUGGGGUAAAAAGCUGUUCUCAGUGCAUAAAGCGAAGCUGUUCGUGUGAUGCUGGUUGGAUUCCUGUUUCUUCUUGUAAGUUUUCCAACUGUUUUCUUUCCUUGCACACUUUUCCUGAUAGCACUUUCUUAGUGUUCUGCAUUACCAAUGAGCUGAUUCGUCUGGAUAGUAGGGAGGUGGAGGAAGAGGAGCGUCUGCUGGAGCGUCAACGAGAGUUAGCUGAUGCUUAG